CAUGGGCUGUUUCAUAGCUUCUCAUCGCGACAAAACAUUACUACUGUAUAUAGUGUUUAUUAUCAUCCUGUUAUCCUGUUUGCCUAUACGAGUCUCCAUCCAAGAACAAUCCAACUAACACUUUCUUGCUGCAUCUCAACUAGAUCGUUGCCAAAAUGAGGACCGCACUCGCUUCUACGCAUGGCAAUGUUGGGUUUGGGUGUUCUGCUGGAGCCAGGAAGAGGCUGAAUACUUCUAUGGCGCUUCCCGCUGCUGCGGGUGCAUCUAAACCUUCAGCUCAAGCUAAGAAGGACCCUUUUGCAGAGAAAACAGUCUACAACGACAAUUUGCUUGACAAGUUCUUCAUUAAGCUGUACUCAAAAAAGAUGGCCGACCAGUUGUCAGGCGUGGGUGUGCCGGACAACGCCACGUAUGACGACUUUGUGCGCAUCAGUUCCGAAAUCAUGAAGGGCCGCAACAGCGUGCAGCAGCGGGCGGUGAUACGGGAGGUGCUGGCAUCGCUGAUGCCGCGGGAGGCGCCGCCGGUGUUCAGGGCGCUGUUCCCGCCGACCCAGUUCUCCGCCGAGUUCAACGCGCUGAUUGCCUCGCUUGGGUUCUACUGGCUGGUGGGCGAGAGCGAGGUCCGCGAGGAGGACGUCGUGGUUGGCCCCAACGGUGAGACACGGCGGCAGAGGUCGGUGGUGCACAUCAAGAAGUGCCGCUACUUGGAGGCCAGCGGCUGCGUGGGCAUGUGCGUCAACAUGUGCAAGGUCCCCACCCAGACCUUCUUCACGGAUGAGUUUGGGCUGCCUCUCACCAUGAACCCCGACUUCGAGGACCUCUCAUGCGACAUGAUUUUCGGUCAGGCGCCGCCGCCACUGGAGGCGGAUCCCGUCUACACGCAGCCCUGCUUUGCCGUACAAUGCAACAUCGCCGCCAGCAAGGACGGCGUGGCCGCCGCGCUGCCGCCCUGCCCCAAGGUGGACACGGAGCGGAGCAAGGCUUGAAAUGAAGUACUGCGCCACGGGAGGUCUGCCCGGCCUGUCUGGGUUAGUGGGCCCGACCGUGCCAGUGCGAUUGGGAGUAAGGAGGAAGAGGGUAACAGCGUGACAAGGCUCCACCAAGGAAUGGGAAAAGAAACGAGGGGUGAGGUGUAUGCAAGACGUGGGUGAUUAGGAAGAGGAUGGGUACAGGAGGUUGCUUUGGUUAUCGGGUAGGGGACGGUGUGUGCGGUUGGCUGGCUGAGGCGUAGAGCGUGUGAGUUUUCGAGGGAGCAUUACAACGACACAAUACGACGGACUCGCAACCGUGAUUGAUAUGUGAAAUUAUCUCGGUUGUUGCUUUGCAAAGUGGAGCGAGCGCAUCGUUGCAAGAGCAUACGGUUUGCUAGCUUGUAUGUCUGGCUGGCGUGGCUUGAGCGAGGCGAGGUGUUGUUGAAGACAUGACAGGGACGACAUGUGUUGCCCGUUGCCUGCAGUUUCAUUGUCAUUGGCAGUGACGAGAGUGUGUGCUGGAGAGGAGCCAAGAAGCGUGGAGGGUGGAGAGUUUCGCGUGAGCGUUUCAUUUAUUUGUGCCUAUGGCGUGAGGCGUAUGAAGGGUUGGCGGAAUACGUGGGCAGACGGUUGCUGGUACUAGCCGGGAGGCCUGAAGAUGCCUGGGGGUUGUGCGGUGGCAGGCUUUCCGGACUCAUGCAAAAUGGUACUCCUGUGUGCCUUUUAAGUGACAUGCGUGCGAUGCUGCUGCCGACUGCGUCGUAGCCGUGCAGCCUCGCUGCAAGGAGCUUGCUACAUGAGCAGUGGAUGGGAUGUAAAGUUACGCGCAAGUGCACCUAGGGCAUUGGCUCAACAACGGAG